AUGCCCGGCCGCUCCACGUCGUCGACCUCGGGGUCUCCCACGGGAUACGACUUCUCGCCGCACCUCCUCCGGUACGCCAAGUCCAUCAACCUGCAGCUCGCCAUCAGCCGUGCAGCCUCCCUAGACUCCGUGCACGGCUUCGCGACCCCCGGCGAGGCGCUCGUCGUCUGCCUCCAGUUCCGGCUGGGCCACGCCACCGCCGACGUGCGGACAGACAUCCUAAGCAAGGUCCGAGGCCUCAACCCGGAGCUGGUGGUGCUGUCGGAGCUCGACGCCGGUGGCGACGGCACCGCGGCGGGCGAGUUCACGGCGAGGCUGGAGCUGCUGUGGCGGUUCCUGGAGUCGACGUCCGCGGCGUUCAAGGGGAGGGACGGGGAGGAGAGGCGUCUGCUGGAGGCCGAGGCGGGCACGUCCGUCACAGGCGACGCGGCGGGGGAGGGCAGGGACGCGUGGCGGGAGCGCAUGGCGGCCGCCGGGUUCGAGGAGGCGGCGUUCGGGGGCGAGGCGGUGGAGUCGGCCAAGUCCUUGCUGAGGAAGUACGACGGCGGGUGGGAGAUGUCGGCGUCGGGUGCCGCCGGCGUGGUGGCGCUGCGGUGGAAGGGGCGACCGGUGUCGUUCUGCUCGCUGUGGCGGCCGGCGUGCAGCGGCUGA